UUUCCCAUCAAAUUUCCAUGGAAAAGCUUCAAUAGUCUUUCUUUAACUUUAAAAAAGUUUAAUUUAGCAAGUUGGUUCUUGUCAUCUACAUUAUUGUUUACUGAUAAGCUUCACCCCCACUGAAAAAGUAGCAAUUCCGGUCAAAUUUCCAUGGAAAAGCUGCACUCCCACAACGUUCUCUCCCCUUUCUUUCUCCUUCUCCUCCUCCAUCUCUCUUCUCUUCAACUUCUCUCUUCAGCUUACACUCCUCCACUAAAGUACUUCAUCAAUUGUGGAUCAAAGUCCAACAUGAACUUGAGCAAUAGGAACUUUGUAGGAGAUGAGAAUUCAGGUACCUUCUCCUUUUCCAAGAAGAGCAGCACUGAAACUGACAACAGCCCCACAAGGAAUCCAUCGGCUCUCUAUCAUACAGCAAGAAUAUUUAACCGCCAAUCUUCAUACAAGUUCACAAUUGAUGAGACGGGCACUUAUCUGGUUCGUCUCCAUUUCUACCCUUUCUCAUCACAUACUAAUCUCACCACUGCUGUGUUUAAUGUCUCGAUUCAAGGGUUUUCUUUAUUGUCAAAUUUUAGUGUACGAAACAGUACAAACACCCCUGUGAUCAAGGAAUUCCUGAUCACCAUCAAUCCAAAGAAGUUCAUAAUUCAAUUCACACCGUAUCAAAGAACUUCUUUAGCUUUCAUAAAUGCCUUGGAAGUCUUCGUAGCUCCUCCAAAGUUCAUCCCGGAUGCUGCUCCUCACGUUACCCCUGGAGGAAAAGCUAAUCUUACUUCAGGAGGUUUGCCCUCUCAGGCUUUAAAAACCCUCUAUAGAAUCAAUGUUGGAGGUGACUCAUUUGGGUCAGAUUAUGACACUCUCUGGAGGAACUGGACAUCAGAUGAUGGUUAUCUAAUUAAUCAGGAAUCUACAACAAACAAGUUGCCCCCCAAAGGUAUUAAAUAUGAGGACGGUAAUGCUACGAAAUAUAUUGCCCCAAAUUUUGUCUACAACACUGCCAGAGUCUUGAAUGUGAAGUCAAAUAUAUCCAACAUAACUUGGCGUUUUGAUGUGAGUAAGAAGGCUAGCCACCUUGUAAGGAUUCACUUUUGUGACAUAGAGAGUGAGUCACAAAAUACUCUUGUGUUCAAUCUCUAUAUCUAUAGCAAGUUUAUUCAAAUAGUCAAUCCUUAUGAAAUCUUUAACCCGGUGGCAGCUCCAUUUUGCUUAGAUUUUGUGGUUGAUUCUGAUGAAUCUGGAUUUAUGAAUAUCAGUGUAGGGACUAUGCUGGACUCGGAUAACCCUCCCAUUCUGAAUGGGCUGGAAAUAUUGGAGUUUAUGAAGGAGAGUAAUUCUGCUUUUGUGGAAGAAGAAUCGAAAAAGAAUCAUCUGUCUCUAAUAGUCGGUUUAGCUGCCGGUGGUGUGGUUAUUGUCUCCAUUUUGAUGAUAGUGGUGUUGGCUUUGAGAUGCAGAAAAACAUCUGACUCAAAUGUUCCAAAAAUGAACCUUGGGCUAAAGAUACCAUUUGCUCAAAUAAAGCGUGCAACUAAGAACUUCGACAAGAAAAAAAUGAUUGGUUCAGGUGGAUUUGGGAAUGUUUAUUUAGGAACUCUCAGGAAUGGUAUGAAGGUGGCUGUGAAACGAGGUGAAGCAGGGCAUCAACAAGGCUUCUCAGAAUUCCAAACGGAGAUCAAAAUAUUGUCCAAGAUUCGCCAUCGCCAUCUGGUUUCCUUGAUUGGGUAUUGUGAUGAAAGGUCUGAGAUGAUACUGGUAUAUGAAUUCAUGGAAAAAGGGACACUGAGAGAUCAUCUAUACAAUUCGAGUAAAAACUCUGCUGCACCAUCUACAGAAUAUUCAUUGUCUUGGAAGCAAAGGCUUGAAAUUUGCAUUGGCUCUGCUGAGGGUCUUAAUUACCUACACACUAGUUCAGAUGGGGGAAUCAUUCACCGUGAUGUAAAGUCGACAAACAUCCUGCUUGAUGGAAAUUGCGUGGCCAAAGUUGCUGAUUUUGGUAUUUCAAGAACAGGUCAUCUUGACGAAACCCAUGUCACUACUGAUGUAAAGGGCAGCUUUGGAUAUUUUGAUCCAGAAUAUUAUGGAAGUCAAAUGUUAACACUUAAAUCUGAUGUUUACUCAUUUGGAGUGGUUCUGCUGGAAGUGCUUUGUGCAAGACCACCUAUCGAUACUUCACUGCCUGGGAAGGAAGUGAACUUGGCAGAAUGGGCGAUGUCUUGGCAAAAGAGAGGACAGCUUGAAAAAGUUAUUGAUCCUAGGCUGGUUGGUGACAUCAAUCCAAGUUCAUUGAGAAAAUUCGGAGAAAUAGCUGAGAAUUGUUUAAAGGAAUGUGGUGCUGACAGGCCUACUAUGGGUGAUGUGAUGUGGGACUUAAAAUAUGCACUGGAGCUUCAACAAUCUAUUACGAGCACAGAGCCAUUUGAGGAUAGCACAAUAGAUGCUUCAUUGCAGCUGCCAUUGAUUGUUACUCAGAGUCUUCCUUCUCAUAGCUUCUCAAUUGAGAAAGAUGAUGUGCCCACAGAAAGGAAUGAUGGAUCCGAAACAACUGCUAGUGAAGUGUUUUCUCAAUUAAGAAUUGAUGAUCCCAGAUAAGGUCUAUUGGCUUGAGAGGUCAUGGAAAGGAGGUCGUUGAGGACAUCCCUCCGCAAGCUUAGAUGGAUUUGAACUAUCACCUAUGAAUUUUUUUUUUUUUUGUAUCACUGUAUAUGUUAUAUCUAUGUGAAGUCUUCUAUAUUUUGACCAUGUAAUAGCAGUAGUACUCGUCUCAAAGGCAUAUAAUUAAUGGACUUUAAGGACUUAUGUUUUGGGAUGUAUAUAUAUAUUCGGGGAAAAUUAUGAAUGGUCAUUUAUAACUUUUCAGUUUCAUUUUUCAUCCUAUUGUAUGUGCAUUGAAAAGUACACUUGGGACAGGUU